CAUCAACCCCCAUUCUCACAGCUCCUGCCAGAAGGUGGCCAUUGACGAGAAAGUGGAACAGACGCGCACCGAUCGAGACUAUCUACUGCCAUUCCCACCUCCAUCCGUCGGGAGGACCGAACCGUGAUUUCAACUCGCAUUCCGCUCUGUCCCUCGCCACAUUCUUCCGCCCACACCAGAACUCUCAGCUUCAGCCCCAGGGCACUGACUGACAAGAGGGGGCCAAAAAUAUGUGUACAAACAACACACCUCAUGCCUCCACGGUACGUGCAGGGCUGAGCACACGACUCUGCAGUCAGAUGCUCACCGCAGUCCGAAUCAUCUGCCAGGCCAAAAUAUGUCAUUCAAUUUCCUCCCCUUGCUGAUCCUUUGCCCUCUCAAAAGGAACACCGUUCCUCGCAGUUCGCAAUGUCCAUAGUUAUCCAUUCUCAAUCACAUCAUCAUGCCCCAGAGAAACAUCACAUUUCCGCCUCUUUUGUUUGUAUUCGUUCUCUUCUGUUGCCAAAAAGUCCUCUCAUCGCCCGUCCCUCAAAUAAUCGAGCCCGACCCUGGCCCUCUUUCCUUUCUCGAGCUUGUUCAGACAACCCUCUACCGAAUCAUUGAAGUCGGAUUUCUCAAAGGCAUCCUUACUUCACUGUUGGUACUGGAAUGUCUAGUCUGCCUUCUCAUCGGUGCCCUCAGUGGAUUAGCUGCCUACCUCAGACAUCACGAUACGAAGUUGUGGGAACGACAUGAAGAGCUCUAUGUCUUCGAGGACGGGAAGAACGAGGAAGAGGAGUCGAGCCCAGUCGAAAGGCACAUGAAUGGGUCCGGCCAUCGAAACAACGACACGUCGCCAUCCCAGACUCCAAGCCGCAUUUCUCGGUAUCUUUCUCGCAACACUUCAAUACCGGUAACAAAGAUUAGCAUCCAUGCCUCACCCUGUCGAACAUCGACAACAAACAGCGUUCUAUCAAACAGCGUUCUAUCUGCACCAGCUUGGAUACCGCGAACUCCAAUACGAAGUCCUGUAAGACCGCUCCGUUCCGCCCUCUCCAAAUCGCCACCCUCAUCGAGGCGAACUGUGCCCUUUCAGACUCCUCUAUUCGGGUCAAGCGAAGUGAGCGUGAGCUCGACCUCUCCCCCAAACCCAAAAUCCGUCCACUGGGCAGAUGAGGUUCAGAUGACGACGAUGGAGAUAAUCUUUUCACGAGACAGGGCGAUAUCAACAAAGGGACGUCCUGGUGUUCAUAUCGCAACGGACACUAGAAUAUGCAGGAUCGAUGGACACGAUCUCGACAUCAGCGAUGCGUUGGCCGACUUAUCCUCGCCACUGUGCCACUCAUACCCUAUUUUUCAAACACAUAAACAUAAAUCCACUUUCGCCACGAGUUGCAUCCAAGUGCAGGAUGCAGAAUUCCUAUCCGAUGGAACAACAUCAAUGAAAUUGGAAGGUGAUACGAGUUGAAUCGCGUUUUGGGGUCGCAGGGCAACCCGAGCCCGCAGGUUUUCAGUGUUACAGGAGACCACCCACCAGAAACUGGAUUUUGGGGGAAAUUUCAGCUGUACUGGGUGUUCUUCGUGAAAACGUACUUGGAACCAUUGGAUUCAAUGUGUAAGAGGAGAUCUCUUGCCUUUGGCAGCGAGGCUUUGGCGGAUGUGGAUUCUGUGUAUGGUCUAAAUGGCCACGGGAAUUGAAGACGGUGUAGCCUGAAGUGCUGCGCACUGAUUUAGGCCACCUACAUGCUGUAAGGAAGACUUCCAUAUCUAUCGUAAGGAUGAACUGGUGUUAAACCCAAGUACUCGUACACCGAGGCAGAAUCCUAGGCAAGGCAGCCAGCUCCGAUCGAUGCGGUGAUGGCCUGAUAAUAAACUUUGAAAUUCUGG